AUGGGUCCUGUGCUAGACACCUUCGGACAAGGAAUCCUCGAGUACGCAAUCGUCGUAGACGAUUUCUUUUCUCCUUCGUUUCCGAUAGCAGAUGUUCUUUUCCAUCGUGUGGCUAAGUCGUAUUUUCGCACGAAGGAGAGAAUGAUCAGAACCACUACAAAAGGAUGGUACUACCGAGACGUCAAGUGGACACCACAACCGGUUACUGGACAAACCAGUGAUUCGUCUGGUGGAAGCGGUGCUACCACAACCGCGGCAGGUGUGACUACCACCACGAUUGCUCCAAGUGAAAACACGAUGUGCCCACAAAACCAAGUGAUAACCGAUGCUGUAAGGAAUACAUUCCUAACACGUAUCAAUCAGAUAAGAUCACGAGUUGCUCGAGGCCUUUUCGUCACGAGUUCAGGAGUGUAUGCUCGUCAAGCACUAAAAAUGAUUAGACUUACCUACAGUUGCCCCGCAGAAACCAGUGCCAACAACUGGGCUGUACGGUGCCAGAACAUGGACUCGGGGACAACUGCUUAUGCUGAGACCAGAUACAUUUAUCAGGGAACUACUGCUGUCUAUGACACCGUCGCAAGAACGGCUGUGAACUCUUGGAGGGAUGAAGUAAAUACUGGAAGUCUGCCCAUGGCUGGGACGACACCACAGUAUAUUUACCAAACAAAUCUUGGAAUACCAAAUUUUGCAAAGAUGGUUUGGGACACUGAGAGGCAAGUUGGCUGCUCGAUAACAAGAUGUUCUUCAUUCACGAACGUGGUUUGCCACUUUACUCCAAGAGGAGGUAUUGCUGGCUCUCAAAUGUACAAGCCAGGGCCCUUCUGCAGGCGUUGCGCAAACAUUGGGUUGCCUACCUGUUCUGAUGGACUUUGCAGCGCUUGA